AUGACUGUGUAUCAUCUCCAAUCGGUGGACAACGACCUUCGGGGCCGGCUGGCCCUGGUUACCGGAUCAAGGUCAUGGCCGUCCCGUCAGUGGUGGUAUCGGUUCGGCGUGUGCAAAGACAUUGGCGUCCGAAGGCUGCGAUGUUGUGCUUCACUACUCUGCAAGCAAAUAUUCGUCACCGCCCAAGCCGACCUCACGGAUCGAGAGUCCACGCGGUCGCUCGUCUCCAGAAUCCUUUCCAAUCCGGUCGUCUCAGAGAAGCACAAGGCUAUAUCUGUAUUGGUCGCAAAUGCCGGGCUUGGGCGCCGCAUCAGGGACGUCAAGGACAUUGGGGAGCAAGAUUGGGACGAAAUGAUGGAGGUCAAUAUCCGGAGUCAGUUCGUCGUAACCAAGUCCUGUGUGGAGGGAAUGCGCGCACAGGAAUGGGGAAGGGUUAUUCUCGUGGGCAGCAUCGCGAGUCGAGGGAGUGGACUCAAUGGAUGCCAUUACGCAGCUUCAAAGGGAGCCCUGUCCUCUAUGGGGUUAAACUUGGCCACUCUGCUCGCACCAGACGGCGUUACCGUCAAUGUGGUUUCGCCAGCCAUGAUCGGAUCAACAGGCAUGAUUCCAACGCCAAAGGAACGGACGUGGGUUUCAGGUGUCAACGUAGAGGCAUUGAAAGAAUCAGAUCCCGGCCUGGCCAUUGCCAGCAGCGUGCCAGUGCAUCGACUGGGAGCUCCAGAAGAAGUAGCAAACGUGGUGGCAAUGUAA